AUGGCCGCCCAAACGUCUCCGUCAACCACAAACCUGCACGGCCUUCCUCCCAUCCCACCGUCUCCAACCCAUUCUUUCGCCUCAACUGCUUUCCCCACAGCAUCCAUAAACUUGCCUCCUCCUCCACCUCCGCUACUACCAAAGAACUUUCUAUCUAGGUCAGAUGUUGCUGCUUCGAUAUUGGCCUACCAAGGCCUCCUCGAUGCCGCGAAGGUUUAUCGGAAAGCCAUGGCUGCAGUAGCUGCUGCUGCAUCGUCAUUUGGCGCUGCUUUAGAAUCUUGUGCGAAAUGUAAAGGAGCCGGUGAUACCGCCGAAGGGCUUAUGAACGCUGGCGGUCUUCAAUAUCUUAUCGCUAGCAAUACACAUAUUCUUUCUGAAAGCUUGUACAGGGGUUUUGAGGUACCUUUGUUGCACGAAUUGGAUAGUUAUAAGCAAAAAAACAAUGAGAACGAGGAGCAAUACAAGAAAGAAGCCAAUGAAAAGAGCAAAGAGCUUCGGAAGCGUGAGCAGGAUCAUUUGAAACUUGCGCGACAAAGGAAAAGAAACCUAUCUUCUUUUCGCACCGCGCUGGUAGAUCUCACUAGACAAAUAGAUGAACUUGAUAAUCUCAAAUAUGGCCAUUAUCGUUCAGCUUUGGCUCUUUCACAGGAAACCUCAUCUCGAAUUCUCGACUCUUCAGCUCUUGUUGUAAGGGCCGAAAUUGAAAUUUUCGAGAAGAUAGCCCAGAAGGGCUGGGACUCGUCGGGGGGAUUGGAUGAUUUGAUAUCCCGUUCUGCAGACCCUUUUGCGCCGGAGCCUGGUAGUGGGCCAAAUGGGGAAGGCGAGAUUUUCUCUAUCUUACCAAGCCACAGUAUUCUCCCAAGUCCUCAAGGCCCUGGGAUGAGUCGUUCCGGCUCAACAGCUUCGACAAUCGGUGCGACCAAUGGCGGCACAGGCAAUACCGGUGGGAGUGAAGGGAAAUAUCAGAGUUUGACUGGCGCAUUAAACAACGGCGACUUUGACGAGUACGAAGAUGACGAUAGGGAAGAUUGGAAUACCCCCCGACCUACCACGCCUGGGGGUGGCGUACGGCAAGAGGAUACCGAAACCGAGAGCGAAGGCGAACAAUCAGCGGGGAUUAAGCAAGGGGAGCUUUGA